GGAAAGAGCAACUUGAAGAUUCUUAGGUAGAUAUUUAGGGCUUAGCUGCCGUAAUAUCCGUACCCGUAAAUCCACAGUAGCAGAGUAGGUACCGGCCGUCUCCGUGUUAGUGGCCGAACAGCCACCACAACCAAUCCAGUUGUAAAAUUCCCAUACCAAUUGUUCUGUUAAGAUCCCAUCACUCUCUACCGUUACACAAAGCAAGCUAUCUAAUACGCUGUCAAUCGAAAUCCCAUGUCGUAGAUUGCCGAGUCUGUCACACCACACUCAAGUGAUCUACACGUUUCUAUGCGGAGUAUAAGAAAAUACCAUAAUACGAAACUAUCUACGAAAAAGAACUCAUACAUUAAGUCACUAUGGCCACCGCCGAAACAGUUGAACUGGGACCACCCCAUGCUCCCAAGGAAGAAUCUCUUAAAGUCUUCAGCGAGAUCGAGCACGAGCUGAAGAAAACACUUCUGCACAUGAAGCACACAUACCUCAAGCACGAACCCGAAUACUUCGCCGCAGUCCAAUCCCUCAGCGACGCAGAACUAACAUCUUUCUCCUCCUCCGACCUAGAAGAAGUGCGCGUAGGUAUCUCCGCCUACGGCCUACACCUCUUCGGCAAAGUCCGUCUCCCCGCCAUGCCCGACUCCGGGCCCGCAUACAUCCACUUCCGCGCUUUCGUCGGAGGGGAUGGACAUAACGAGCCCGGCGUCGCUACGCUUCAUAGCAUCCACACGGAGGAUGUAGAGGAGCCGGAUGGUGGGCGGAAGUACCGUGCUAUUUUCACGAAGGAGGAUCCGCUGGAGUGGUUUGAUACUUGAUUUUGUUGAAUUAUUAAAGUAUCGAUGUGCUUAGUGAAACCUGCGGAUUUAGAGCGAGUGGCUUAUAAAUAAAUACCUACGUAGGCAAAAUAAACAAAAUACCAUGAGAAUGAACA